GUUCUCAUAAGAAAACGCAGAGCCAGAGGCGUGCAGUUUGACUUCCGCGGCACCACUUAUGAAGUCAAAGCCAAGAGAGAAGUGAUACUGUCAGCGGGGACCACAAAUACUGCACAACUGCUAAUGCUGUCAGGUAUCGGCCCCAGAAAGGAACUCGACAGAUUCAAGAUUCCUGUCAAAGCUGACCUUCCAGUAGGCAAAAAUUUGCAAGAUCAUAUUGGAGUGGAUGUAAAUUUUCUUCUGAACUCUGCCAUCCCUGAAAUCAGAGCCAAACUUCUCAACCCUGUGAAUAUACAUAAAUAUAUCCAAAACAGAACAGGUCCACUGGCAUCUCUGGAAUUUUGUUCAGCUAAUGCGUUCCUGAAGAAACAUGCCAUAAAUCCUAGGGAAGAUUUUCCGAAUCAUGAAGUGAACUUUUUAGAAGGAACUACUUUAAAUGCGUUUCUCCAGUUCGGCCUAAGACUAGAGGUUUAUGAACAAGUUUAUGGACCUUAUAGAGGUAAACCAUUUAUAACAUGUGUUCCACACUUGCUGCAGCCUCGAAGUAGAGGAACAGUAACUCUCCAAUCCGACAAUCCGUAUGAUCCUCCAAUGAUUGACCCGAAUUACUUGGAAGAUCCAAGAGAUGUAAAAGACAUAGUAGAAGGAAUGAAAGUUUGUCGACGAAUCAGUUUAAGCGCUCCUUUGAAAAGACUUGGAUCUGUGCCAUUCGCUACACUGUAUCCUGGUUGCGAGCAGUACGCUGGUAAUGAAGAUGAUUAUUUUCGGUGCCAACUUAGAUCAGUAGUUUUGACAUUCAGCCAUUACGUGGGUACCGCGAAGAUGGGGGAUCCAGAAGAUCCCACCACAGUUGUAGAUCCUCAAUUGCGAGUCAAAUAUAUAAAGGGUCUGCGAGUCGUUGACGCCUCAGUUAUGCCCACAAUAACAUCUGGCAAUACCAAUGUUCCAACAAUGAUGAUAGCUGAAAAAGCCUCCGAUAUGAUUAAAAGCACAAUAAACUGCUAUGCACAUAAUCCAGAUAAAUGGACCUGGACGCGGCAUACCGACUUUUCCAACAGUGAGGAAGUUGAUCCAACCAUUUCGGAGAAUCCUGUGAAUGCGUUACCGCAGGAUGCAAAUCAAAAAGUGAUUAGAGAUCAUCCGCCCGAUACACUGGAAGAAGCCUGGGAUAAAAAUUCGCAAAUUAUUCUCCCGUGGAAUAAGGAAAUUACGGAUAAUAAAAUGUUUCUUUAAUUGCAAUCAAAAUUCCAAGUGAAGUUUGUUUCUUAUUGGUAAUUGCUCUCUAGAUCAUAAUCAACUGAGGUCUAUUCUGAAAGGUGCUUCACUGAACUCUUUUUUUUUUUUUUUUUUUUUUUUUUAGGAGAAUGAAGAUAACUAUGCUCUUGAUGGAAAUGCGAAGACCAAAACUUUCUUGUCAACUACAAAUCAGCCAAUUCCAUAUAAAAGGGAAUAUAUAAAUAGAAGUCCUUUUAGAAAAAAUCACAACAGACAGUAAUUAAGAGAAUCUGGAAAUAUGUUAUGAUUAUUUUUAAGUUUAAAGCUGGAGGCAUCCAUGAUCCUUUAGCAGUUGUGGCUCAUAUGCAAGAAUGAAUAACUAAUUCUCCUGCAAAUGCCAGAUUCAUUCUGUUAUUACAUUUCGUCUGGCUAAGGGACAAAAUACAAGUGAAUUUCAUCUUACAUUGUUUCUUGGCUAUGGAAAAGGCUACACGGAUGUCAGAGUUGGGCUUAAAAAGUAUUGGAAGUUUUAAGAUGCCCGCUCCGUGAUGAGAAAGAUUAAUGAGGGAAGUGGGAACUGACAAAGCUGUUGAAACAAAUCGCAAAGUGGUUUAGCGAGUCCAUCUACAUUAUUCUCUUGUUAACUUUUGGUUUGUAUCUUAAUAUUCCUCAAAUUUUAUAACUAGUUGACCAAUAACAAGUUUCUAAAAUAACAAGUUUCUAAAAUGAAGGCAUACAAAAACUGGUGACUUGUCAUAGUUUUUAUUUAGGAAAGCAAAUGGAUAGAGAAAUAAUAGCGUAUCUAUCUAACUUUUGUACGUAUUAAAACAUUUUCCCUCAUUUUUAUUUAAUUAAUUUUAAUUUAUUUAAUUAAUUAAUAAUUUCCUCAUUUUUAUUUUUACGGUACAUAAAUAAAAAUAGACCGCGUAUUCAAAGCAGUCUCUCAGAUAUAUAGGAAAACAAAAAUGCUGUAAGCAAAACUUACUAUAAGCAAAAAGAAAUAUUUCAACCUUUAGAAAUUAUUCUAUCUGAAGUGGAGAGCGAUUAACAAUAGAUAUAGCUAUUUUGUGUAACAUCAAGUGGAAAUUACCAAAGACUAUUUCUUCUCCUCUUCAGUGAGACUGCCGACUGCUCCCACUCAUCCAGAAUUAGCUGAAACGAAUUAAUGUAUUUAUUAUUUUUCUUUGAAAUGCUGAUAAAAAUUUGCGUGUGCUCCUUAUUACUUAUAUAAAUGAUCUUAAUCGGGUACAGACGAACAUAAAUGGAUACAUUUUGUGGGCUAAUGCAGCCUAAUUGUACCACAUAUAAGAUUAAUGAAGUAAGAAAAUUCGAAAUAUAAUGAAGAAGUGGACAGUCCUUGCCCCAGCAGCAAAACAUCAUCCUGAACAGUCAAAAGAACCUGAAUCAUUAGAAGAAUAAAACAUAGGCAUGAAUAAUACCUGCUGUUGCAAACUAAUAAGACUGAAUCUUUAUUGCUGAAUAAAAUAAAAGGGGAAGAAAAUGUAUGGAAUUUUCCCCUUCCUUACUGUGUGCCUUCGUGAUGUAACUGUUAGUACAUCAGAUUAACAAUCGGAAGGUCGGGAGAUCGAAUUCCAGUACAGGCAUAGUUGCUUUCUCAUAAUUCUUGCUUCACAAAUUCCAAGUUGUACAGACAUUAGGCAUUUUUUGAAAGCAGGAGAUGUGAAAAAUGAGCAAUGCCCUCACGGGGACUCGAACCACGGACCUCUCGAAUACGCGCCGAGCGUGCUGACCACUACAGCACGAAGGCAUACUAAGAAGGCGGAAAAAAUACCUUAUAAAAUUUCUAUAAAUCUCGUUCGAUAAAAAAAAGUAGUAGGCGAUAAUUUGUCACCACCUGAAUUCGGCGACUGGGGUCUCCACUCUCAGUUUCUCUUUUAGAAGGAAGAGCAUUUGUUUUUGAAUGUCAAAAGGAAAAUGUCACAGAAAAAUGCCAAAAUAUGAAAAAAAGGGGUACGCAGAGAGAAACUUGAUUAUUUUUCAUUCUUUUAACCUUCAGUUUCUGUUAUCUGUCAGCUACAGAGACAGUCUGGUUGACAAAAAUGAAUCCAUUAAAAAUAAGUACAAAAACAUUUAUAAUUUUAAAUAGACCAUAUUGUACAAGCAAGUAUGAUUAUUUUGUUCCCAUAUUUAGAAUAAAAGGCUGAAAGUUUUAAAGAGUAGAAUACUGUACUGUCAAAAAAUAAAUUUAAAUUUAAAAAAAAAAUGCAGUGAAAAUGUUUU